AUGCCGAAAAACGUCUCCUUCUCUCCCCGCGUGGAGUACGAGGGUGAAGCGGAUGCUAAAGCUAAAGCUGAACCAAAGCGCCCUCGCCCUCAACCUCGAAAGCCCAGUGCAUUCUCCGUCUACGCGUCCGUGCUCAAGCAGAUUCCAGAUGAGAAUCCUAAAAAAAUCCUCGACACCACCCUCCUCUCCAACAUAAUGACCUUCACCUCCUUCGCCGGCGCCCACAACCUCCCCGAACUCAACGGCAAGCCCGCCCUAAUUUUCCGGGUCAUGUACACCGACUGCACACACGGCUGGGUGCACUGUCCAUCUCUGAUCCCCGGCGAGCCCCUCGACAUCGACGACGCAUUCGACUGCUACAUCAAGCUGCGCGAGGCGAAGGACAUCAUCAAGCCGAUGUGGUGGGACCACCUGAAACGCACGUUCGGGAUCACGCUUGCAAAUGCGUUGAUCCUUCAGUGUUUGCUGGGCGUGAAGACGGCCGAUCAGGAGGGGAGGAUUGCGGCUGUGUCUGCUACCACUGCAUCUGCUGACACCGAGGCUGGAACAGAGCAUACGAACGAGAACGAGAACGCGGGCGAGCACGAGGAAGCGCCCUCCAUCCACCAUCACGAAGCCCGCAUGCUCGAAACGGGUUGGACCACGCCCUGCUUCAUGAUCCUUGCCUUUCUCUUUGGCCUGUACGUCGGGUUGUCGUAUGGCUUUUCGUAUGCUGGAGGUGCGGGAUACAACCCGAUCGAGUGCCUCGCGUUUGCUAUGGUUUCGGCUCUUGUGCUUGGCUUGGCGAUGGUUUUCCUUGCGAACCGGAUCCUUCGUUUCAUCGUUGGCUUUCGCUUUGGUGGUGGCCGGCUGAUUGCUGUUUAG